AUGGCCUUUCUCGAAGACCCCCGCCUGCGCCAGCGCUGGAACCAGAUUGCCCACGACGCCGAGGCCGCCACCGAGAACGCGGCUGCCGGCAUCUGGUCCUUCCAGCAGCACUACAUUAACCCCUGCUUCGGAUACGUAGCCGGCUCGGUCGAGCAGUGCACCGCCGUGUGCCUGGGCGAUGCCGACGAGCGCCUGCGCCGCCGCCGGGAGCGCGAGCGCGGCGGGCCCGGCGCUGAGUACUCGUUUGACUUUUACGACGACUGGUACGGCCAGAACGACCCCCAGAACGGCGGAACCGGCCCGGGCUUCUUUGGCGCCUGGGCCGGCGAAGACUGGGAUCGUCUGCUCGCCGGCAGCGGCAGCCAGCGCAAACUCCUCGGCGGGGAGGGCGCCACCGCCGUCGCCGAGCAGCCAAGGCGGAAGCGCGGUAUGAGCUAUGGCACCAGAGGCACCCGACGCAAGGCCAGCGAGCACGAUCCUACCAUCAUCCCCAGCACCCAGCCUAUCGGCUUCCUCAGCAAGCUGCCCUGGAAGAUGGGCGGUACGCUGCGGUACAAGCCUAGCGCCGCCGACUUGCAGGACCACCCGGUCAAACAGGAGAAUCCGGAGAUGGCGCCCCUCCUCGGCGGCGACGACGAGUCGGAUUACGGCCAGCUUAUUGUAACCCGCAAGCGAAGCGGCACCGCAGGAUCUGGCGGCACCGGAGGCACGUCGGACUCCUACCGCUCGCGUGGCGAUUUGUUUCCAUCCGACGGAGAAGGCGAAGAAGAUGCCAUUGUGCUAGACGACGACGUCACGUAUGACAUGGUACGAAACGAUCGCAGCAGCGGAAAGAGUGACAAGACGAAAAGCAGCAAGGGGAAGCGGCCGGCCCAAGGUGGGGGGUUCUUUGCAUCUAGGACCCUCUCGAGAACAACGAUAGCGUCCAACUCCUCCGCCGACACGAUGCCGCUGCAGCGCUCCGUCUCGUCCCUGGCAAUUAGUCCGGCCGCCGUAGAGCGCGUGCCGUCGCUGCAGGACUUGCAGAUGGAGGAGCAGAGGCUUCAAGACGAGCAAGACCGAGCGAUUGUCCGGAACAAAGAAGCAGCCACACAGUUGGCCGCACAGCUUGGACUGUCGCCGGCGCAUACUGAUACAUACUCUACCGACGAACAGCAGUCAUUAUCAGCAGAGGAGGCGGGCAUGCCGCCUCCCCCGCAGGAACUGCCACAGUCUGGUGACACAGUCGACGAUGCGACGAGCGAAGCGCAGCGGAAAAUCCAGCCCAGGCAGGACUCACAGUCCAGCCAUCAGGACUUUUUCCCUGCACGACUGCCACACUUUGGCUCAUGA